CCUUCCCACAGUGUGCAAGUAUGUAGCCGUGGAGCUGAAAUCCGCCUUCGAGGAGACUGGCAAGACCAAGGAGGUGAUUGACACCAAGUACGGCUUCCUGGAUGGGAAGGGCUCUGCUGUCAAGUACACACAGUCGGACAUCCGGUUAAUUGAGGUGACAGAGAACAUCUGCAAGAGGCUGUUGGAUUACAACCUGCACAAGGAGAGGAGCGGCAGUAACAGAUUCGCAAAGGGCAUGUCAGAGACGUUCGAGACCCUGCACAAUCUGGUGCACAAGGGUGUCAAGGUGGUGAUGGACAUCCCCUACGAGCUGUGGAACGAGACCUCCGCUGAGGUGGCUGACCUCAAAAAGCAGUGUGAUGUGCUGGUAGAGGAGUAUGAAGAUGUGAUAGAAGAUUGGUACAGGCACCACCAGACAGAGGACCUCUCCCAGUUUCUCUGUGCCAACCACGUGCUAAAAGGAAAAGACACAAGCUGCCUGGCAGAGAAGUGGACUGGCAAGAAAGGUGAUUUGGCAAGCGUGGGGGAGAAGCAGAGCAAAAAAAAGAGUGGGAAGAAGAAGAAAAAGGGCCAGAAGGAUGAGCGUGAGGGAGCUGCCAGCCUUCCGGACACAGGGGAGGCCCUGGAGGGGGUCCAGGAGCAGGCUCCGCUCACCCACAGCCCAGCUGAUGAGCUGUAGGCACACAGCCCCUGCCCCCGGGGCCGCCCACUCCGGGGUUUCACCCCGCUGUGCCUAUGGGUACCAAAGGAAAAGGGACUUGUGAUUCGGGGGAGACCGGAGCGCCUGGCCCCGCCUUGCCAGCCUGGGUGCCAUCCCGUGCUUAGGUGUCACGGAGCCGCGG